AGACAGCAUUCUGCGGUUCAGUUCUCUCAGACACAUCUCACAGACAUCCUGCCUGUAUAGGAAAUAAAGAAAAAGAAUAGGAGCCGAAAAUGGAGGAUUUUAUGACAACUCAGAUGGGGACUCCGAUGGGGACACCAGAGGGUGAUGACUACUCAACCAUAACAGAUGACUACUCAUCAGGAACAGAGGACUACUCAGAGUUCAGCUCCUGUGACAAGAGUUAUGUUAGGGAGUUUCGUAAAUACUAUGAACCCCCUCUCUAUGCAGUCAUUGUCUCCCUGGGAGUAAUCGGUAACUUUCUGGUGCUCUGGAUCUAUGUGCAUUUCAAGUCCCGCAAGAAGACCAUGACAGAUGUGUAUCUCAUGAACCUGGCCGUUGCUGACUUGCUGUUCCUGCUGACUCUGCCUCUCUGGGCAUCGGAUGCGCUGCGCGGCUGGACCUUCGGCUCUCUACUGUGCAAGUUCACCUCGGCCUGCUACAAGAUCAACUUCUUCAGCAGCAUGCUGCUCCUCACCUGCAUCAGUGUGGACCGCUACAUAGUCAUCGUUCAGACCACCAAAGCGCAGAACUCCAAGACCACGAGGCUCCUCUGCAGUAAGCUAGUAUGCUUGAUUGUCUGGCUGCUCGCUGUGUUCCUGGCUGUACCAGAGCUCAUAUUUGCUAGCAAAAAGGACGACCCCGAUUCAGACUGGCAGUUUUGCACCUUGGUCUACUGGGCCAAUGAGCACAACCGUACCAAAAUACUGGUCCUGGUUCUCCAGAUCUUCAUGGGCUUUUGCGUGCCUCUGGUGGUGAUGAUCUUCUGCUACAGUUGCAUCAUCCUCACCUUGAUGAAGACGCGGAACUUCGAGAAACACAAGGCCCUCCGUGUCAUCUUUGCAGUGGUUGCAGUGUUUGUCCUCUCUCAGCUCCCUUACAAUGCCAUGCUGAUAGUGGAGGCCUCGCAGGCAGCUAACGUCACAAUCACAAACUGUGACAUAUCUCAAAACUUUGACAUUGCCGCUCAAAUCAUGAAAGGUGUGGCUUAUACUCACUGCUGCAUCAACCCCUUCUUGUAUGUCUUCAUUGGUGUGCGCUUCCGUAGAGACUUGCUGAAGAUGAUGCAGUACUAUGGAUGUGUGUCACCCAAGGGCAAACUCAGCAAGCUCUAUGGCACUCCAUUCCGGGCCUCUGUCAUGUCUGACACAGAUACCACCCAGGCUCUUUCUCUGUGACAUUCACGCAACCAUCUCAGUAGAGAACUGAUCUCAUUGUGAACAAGUCAGACUCAGAUGCUCUCAGCCAUUGGAAAGAAAGCAGUGUCAUAGACAUGUAACUUCAUAUGUGUUGAUAAACGGGAGCUAUUGUUUGAUGGACGAAGUCAGAAGUCUGUUUGAAGUCUGUCCAUACCUACAGGUUGGCAAGCUGCAAGGAGAAAGCCAAAGCCUUGGUAUAAGAUUUGUUCUGAAGCUAUUAUGAUGGUAGUAGACCGUCUGAUGGAUCCAUAUGUACUGGGCCCAUUUUUGGGUGAUCCAUACCUUGUUCUAGAGAAAUAUGAUCUGUAUGUGUCUUCAGGCAUCUCACAUCUCUCGUUUAGCAUUAAGAGUGCAGUGCUACUGUAAUUUUGUUGAGGUAGAACCAUUUCAGAAACAACUGUUUUCUUUUGGUUUCCUAACUGCCUCACUGCUGUCUGCUCAGUUACAGAGGUGAUGUAAAUAUUUUUGUUUAUCCGUUUGGAGCUGAAACUGUAUUGCUGCUGGACAUGAUGUUUUGCUGUGAAGUCAUGAUGCAUUUGCUGCUGGUCAUUUGCUUAUGUUUUGAAUAAAAUAUGUGAAUAAAUAAGCUGAUAAUA